GUUUAUAGAAAUCGACUAUUAACAUGGACAUCUUUAUAAUAAUUAUAUAAGAAAUCCAUGAGAUUAAUCCAUGAAUAUUUAAAAUCUAAUAUUAUUUAUUUAUUUUUAGGCAUAAAAGCUUUUGACAAGUAUGUCUGACGUGGAAACAGACGAUGUGCCCUCUGCGAUGAUGGCAGGAGGGCAAAUGGACGUGCAUACGGCACUUCAAGACGUUUUAAAGAAUGCCACAAUUCACGAUGGAGUUGUACAUGGUCUUCACGAAGCAGCAAAGGUUCUUGACAAGAGACAAGCUAUGUUGUGCAUUUUAGCAGAAAAUUGCGACGAACCUAUGUAUAAAAAACUUGUUCAAGCGCUAUGCAAUGAACAUCAGAUUCCCUUAAUUAAAGUGGAUAAUAAUAAGAAGUUAGGCGAAUGGGCCGGUCUGUGUAAAAUUGAUAAUGCUGGCAAAGCCAGGAAAGUUGUUGGCUGCUCUUGUGUAGUUAUUAAGGACUUUGGAGAAGAGACUCCAGCUAAGGAUGUUCUUAUGGAAUAUUUGAAACAAAGUUCUGUACACUAGGUAUCUUUUAAUAAAAUUUAUUCAAAAGAAA